AUGACCCCACCCCGGGUGCAAUCCGAAUCUACCAGGAUUGACGAUCUGCCGUUGCCACCCGCUGCUGCAGGAAGGCCCGUCCCGUCUCGUUGUGUAGAGUCUACACCCAUCCUAGUCGCUCGUGCAAGACUGUCACUCGCCGUCAACGACCAUCGUGACCCUCAUGUGUCUCAAAGUCUGCCCAAGAUGAAGACGGACGAAAAAGCAGCGGCAAAGAUAGCAGCACAAGAGAGCGACAGCCAUGAGGCGGGUAGGGUGAACAUUGCGUCGAAGCAGAGCUAUGUGCUCAAGAUGGACUUACGCUUGAUACCUAUCUUGGGAUGUACAUAUACGAUCCUGUUUUUGGACCGGACCAACAUCGCAAACGCCAGAAUCGAAGGGUUGGAGAAGGGUCUUGGUAUGCCAUCGAACGGCUACAACACAGCUUUGUGGAUCUUCUUUAUCCCGUUCAUCCUGAUCGAAGUACCCAGCAAUCUGAUCAUGGGGUUGCCUCGCGUGCGUCCUAACUGGUUCCUGGGCGGCAACAUGCUCAUCCUUGGAGUCAUAGCGACUUGCCAAGGUUUGACUCAGUCGUACGGUGGGCUGCUUGCGUUGCGGUUCUUGAUGGGAAUAUUCGAGGCGACUCUGCCUGCCGGGGCUGCAUUCUUGAUCAACGAGUACUACACUCGCGCCCAAAUGUCCCUUCGAUACGCAUGCUUCUUUUGCUUCGGUACCCUGGGCCCUUGCAUUAGUGGUGUACUGGCAUAUGGCAUCCGCAAUAUGGACGGCAUCGCCAAUCUAGAAGGCUUUCGAUGGAUCUUCAUCAUUGAGGGCCUUGUAACGAUCUUCGUUUCCUUCUUCGUGUUCGUGUUCGUCCCAGACUUUCCAGAGAGGACCAAUAUCCUAAGCCCUAUAGAACGGGAGCACCUUCUGGCGGUACUCCACCAAGACAAGGGUGAUCAGAAGCUGGAUUUCAAGAGCGUUGACUGGAUGAAGACACUGAGUGACUACAAGAUCUGGUUUCCUACUUUGAUGUUCUUCUGCUGCGAUAUGACAGCAGCUUCGAUGUCUUCUUUCAUUCCUACGAUCCUCACAGAGCUGGGAUGGACAGCUGCAUAUGCGCAGGCUAUGUCAGUGCCCAUCUGGCUGACUGGAAUGGUCUUCCAGGUCACCGGUGCCUUCCUGAGUUGCCGCACAGGAUGGCGCUUCCCGUUCGUCCUAUUUGGUGUCCUCUGGGCUACUAUCGGAUGGAUUAUUCAGAUUGUAUACUCCAAACACGGCAGUGUGUCGGCUGCUGUACGAUACUUUGGACUGUUCUGUAUGAGCGGCGGUACAUUCCUGCAAAUGACCAUGUCCACGGCCUGGAUGUCGAACAACCUUCGUGGGCGCGCUAGUGUCGCUGCAGGAACUGCCAUUGUGCUAGGGUUUGGAAACUGCGCCAAUUUCGUCGCGACUAACGUUUUCAUAAAAGCUGAGGCACCUUACUAUCCAACUGCCUUCAAGACAGGGUUGGCCAUCACCAUAGCCGGCGCUGGGUUCUGCAUGGCUUACGCAGGUUUGCUGUGGCGAUACAAUCAUAGGCUGGCAAAGAAGAGAAUGGAAGCUGGCGGCGAGGAUGACCAGAGAGAAUACAUGUACCAAAUCUAA